CAAACCAACACGCACCACCUAUGAGGAGUGAAGUGGAAACAAAGCUUUCUUCAUGGCUGCUUCAAAAUUGCUUAUCCCCUCUCUCAGCCACUACCGCUCGUUAACGAGCGCCGCAUCCACCUUUCCAGCUCGCCUACUCCAGCACCCACCGGACCUGGUGAGUUGGGUCAAGAACCAAGGGGGAUUCGUGCACAAGGCGGUAAAGAUAUCACAGGAUGCCACAUACGGUCUCGGACUCGUGGCCACUGCAGAAAUUCCCCAAGGCUCUGACCUUAUUAUCAUCCCUGAGCAUGUUCCCCUGAAGAACUUUGGAGAUGGGGAUCACCCUGUCUUGCUCGAUUUGGCUCGCCAAGUUCCUGAGGAACUGUGGGCAAUGAGAUUAGGUCUGAAGCUUCUGUUUGAAAGAGCAAAAGUUGGAUCCUUUUGGUGGCCAUACAUCAGCAAUCUUCCCGAAACUUAUAGUGUGCCAAUCUUCUUUGCUGGAGAGGAUAUAAAAAACUUGCAGUAUGCUCCUCUUCUUUACCAGGUGAACAAAAGAUGUCGUUUUCUUCUGGAGUUUGAGCAAAAUGUUAAGCAUGCUGUUAAAGAUCUUAAACCAAGUGACCACCCUUUUGGUGGCAAAGAUGUAGAUGCAUCUGCCCUUGGAUGGGCAAUGUCAGCAGUAUCAUCUAGAGCAUUUCGCCUGUAUGGGAAGAAGCUUCCAGAUGAAGCUUACAGUAAUGUAGUAAUGAUGCUUCCUCUAAUUGACAUGUGCAACCAUAGCUUCAAUCCUAAUGCUAAAAUUGUGCAAGAACAGGAUAAGGUCAAUGCAAAAAUGCUAAUAAAGGUUGUGGCAGAAAGGGUAAUCAAACAAAAUGAUCCUCUGAAUCUUAAUUAUGGCUGUCUAAGCAAUGACCUUCUCCUGUUGGAUUAUGGAUUUGUUAUACCAUCAAAUCCCUAUGACUGUAUUGAGCUCAAAUAUGAUGGAGCUCUUAUUGAUGCUGCAAGCAUGGCUGCUGGAAUUUCUUCACCCAACUUUGCUUCACCAGCUCCAUGGCAGCAACAAAUUCUUUCUGAGUUGAACUUAGAUGGGGAAGCUCCAAAUCUCAAGGUAAGCAUAGGAGGUCCAGAUUUGGUAGAUGGACGCCUGUUGGCUGCCUUGAGAGUGCUACUAUCAAGCAAUAUGGAAACAGCGAAGAUGUGCGAUUUGGAUGCACUUAAAUCCUUAUCAGCAGAAGCUCCUCUUGGAAUUGGUAAUGAAAUAGCAUCCCUCCGCACUGUUAUUGCUUUAUGUGUAAUAGCACUGCAACACUUCCCAACAAAGAUAAUGGAUGAUGAGUCACAAUUGGGAAAGGGUGUUUCAGCUUCAACUGAGCUGGCCAUCCAGUUCAGGAUUCAGAAGAAAUGUUUGAUUAUAGAUGUAAUGAGGGAACUCACAAAGAAGGUGCAGUUAUUGUUGGCCAAGGUAACUGAUGCUUCUCGGAGCUAAGUCAUUUUUAGGCACUUUUUCCUUUGUUCUGCGCAGUUUAAUCUGAGUUUAUUAUAAAUCAAUUCAUUUAUAGAUGUUCCACCUUCCCAUCUUCC